GCAAGAUCUACUUCUAGCCCCAAGCUAUAGCAGAAUGCACGAUCUUUCAUUUCUUGCUCACUGUAAGAAAGCUCAAUGUUCAAUCGCUCACUGUCUUCUACCUCGUCGAAGACGCCCUCUUCAAAAUAUAAUUGCUAUAUUCCCUUCUUUUAAUUUCUUCUCUUCAGUACCUUCUUCUUCUUGUUCAUUGUCACCCCAACAUCCUCUUCAUACUCGCUACAAGCUUAACCACAAGGAUUGGCUGUCUCCAAAUGAAGUUUUAAGCAUUUUUCAAAACCUUAAAGACCCAAAUUCAGUGAUCUCCGUCUGGAAUCAAUAUUCAAAGCGAAAAGACUACAAACCUAAUGAAGUUAUUUACACCCUUGUCAUGAACCAGCUUGCACAAGCUAAAAACUUUGAUGCCAUUGAAGAUAUCAUGCAAAGAAUCAAACUUGAAAAGUCCUGCCGCUUGUCAAAUGAUUUCUUUUACAAUGUGAUCAAGAUUUAUGGCCAUUUAGCGGGUCGAAUCAAGAAAGCAAUAGAAACCCUUCUUGAUAUGCCAAAGGGUUAUAAUUGUUGGCCAACUGUGAAAACUUUUAAUCUUGUGUUGAACUUGCUUGUAUCUGCAAAGCUUUUUAAUGUAGUUCAUGAGAUAUAUGUGAAAGCUCCAGUGUUGGGUGUAGAGAUUGAUACUUGUUGUCUUAAUAUCCUCAUUAAAGGGUUAUGUGAAAAUGGGGAUUUGGAGGCAGCAUUCUACGUGCUCGAUGAAUUUCCUAAACAAAGGUGUAGGCCUAAUGUGAGAACAUUCUCAACCUUGAUGCAUUACUUAUGUGGAAAAGGGGAGGUGAACAAGGCAUUUCGAUUGCUUGAGAGAAUGGAAAUAGAGGGUAUUGAUGUGGAUACGAUCAGUUUCAAUAUCUUGAUUUCAGGGUUGAGGAAGCAAGGAAGGAUUGAGGAGGGAAUGGAGCUGCUGGAGACAAUGAAGUUCAAGGGGUGUGAACCAAAUUUAGGGUCUUAUCAAGAGGUUUUAUAUGGUUUGCUUGAUGUCGAGAAGUUUAAGGAGGCAAAAGAAUUCAUGAGUAUGAUGAUCUGUGAGGGGAAUAGUCCUAGUUUUGUUUCCUACAAGAAGUUGAUUCAUGGGCUUUGCAAGGAGAAGUUGAUUAGAGACGUUGAUUGGGUUUUGAAGCAAAUGGUGAAGCAAGGUUUUGUCCCAAAAAUGGGAAUGUGGAGGCAGGUUCUAGGCAGCAUAUUUUCAGGGACCAAUGCUUCUAAUUGCAUCCACAUAAGUCAAAUUGUCAGUGGCUAGCACCAUGGAACCUGAACCUUUUAUUAUUAAAUUCUGUUUUCCAGAUGUGGAGUGUUUCCCAGAACAUGUUUGAGAGAACCUCCAAGCCAAAGGGCGACAAUCUGUGUGCUGAUUUGAGGAUUGUCUUUGAUGUGAUAUCCUUGUGCAGGUUCCUAUCCUAGUUUCUUAUCGCUAGCUGAUUCCUAAUUUCUCAAUUUCCCCCAUCAGAUGUUUGCCGAGGUACAUGAACGUGGAGUUUGCGCCUGAUGCAUAAACAUUUUGUGCAUUUUACUUAAAUAAGGAACUACCUGAAUUGCCCGUGAUCAAUUGGAAACGGUUGUUAUUCUGUUUUUAUUGUUUUAUUUGGAUCCUAUGGCUAACCAACUUUAUGAGAGUCCAUGCAGAUACAGAAUUGUAGUCCAACAUGGUUGCUCAAGAGCAACUUCCGUCAAGCUUCUGACUUUUGUGUCUCACGUAUUGUUUAUACAUGUUUAUCAUGAUUCGGUUCAUGACAAGAAGUAAAUUUGGUCUCUAGGACUCCUGCAAGUCAAUAUUUGUAUUCUGAACGAAAGGAAAAAUGUAUUAAUUGGUGCUUGUUUUUUCUUAGUCA